AAUGCCGCCAACACGACUAGCUACCGCGCUGUUCGGGACGUGCCGAGCAGCCUCGAUUCGCCCCGCCGCCUCGUGGAGCCGGCGAUGCCUGUACCAUUCCUAUGACUAUGCUGCGCCGCCGCCAUUCCCCCCCGCUGAAAAUGCCAUACUCUCAUCCGCCUAUGCACACGUACCCAAGCACGGCUUUACUAUCGAUGCGCUGAAGCUCGGUGCACGAGAUGCCGGCUACCUCGAUGUCUCGACCAAUUUGCUUCCACGGGGCGUCUUUGAUUUGAUCAACUACCAUCUGGUCACUCAGCGGCUGGCCCUGCAAAGCACUGUGCAGUUCCCCCAAGAAGGCGAGCACGGGAAAAAGAUGGGUGCCGGUGCAAAGGUCGGGAUUUUGACUCUGGCGCGGCUCCGCGCAAAUGCGCCCGUUAUCCAUCGCUGGCAAGAGGCGCUCGCGAUCAUGGCUCAACCAACAUACGUCCCCGCAUCACUGGCAGAACUAGCCAAACUCGCAGACGAAAUAUGGUUUCUGGCAGGCGAUCAGAGUGUCGAUAGCAGCUGGUACACCAAACGAGCAACCCUUUCGGCCAUCUAUUCGUCGACCGAGCUCUACAUGACGCAAGACAAGUCGGCCAAUUUUGCAGAGACUGAGCAGUUUCUGGACAAUAGAUUACAGGACCUGAUGCAGGUUGGUGGCUUCAUGGGCAGUCUCAGCGAAUGGCUCAACUACACGGGCCAUUCGACCCUCAACGUGCUCAGGAGUAAGGGCGCUCGCAUUUAGGCCAAGGCUCUUUUCCAGCCCCCGCCCGGCUGUCUAUGCUAAACACCAUGUCCACCGACAAGGCCAUCGGCAUCGACAAGCGUCUGCCGUUCAGCCCCCCGUGGCGCGCCGAGGUUUUUGUUCUUGGACCGAUCGAUACAGGCAUAUUUGCGCCCGCGGAAUACACGUCAGGCACCGACGUCAUAACACAUUGAAUCUCGAUUGCAUCUGUGAUUUGGCGC